UCAUCCACAACCCGGAAACUGGAGCACAGGAGCCAACGGACGAGCUGCCACCUUCCACCGUAACCAUUUGAGUCGAGUCCAAGCACAGUUAGUUAGUUAGUUGUUGUUGGGAAGAAAGAAUGGAGUCUGUUACUGAUGGAUUAGUGUGUCAAGGUGAAACAGGGGCUGAUGAUGACUGGUCCAUUCCAGGCACUGUGGAAGACGCACGAACCCGGUUGACGCAGCUGUUUGGCCAGAGCAACAAGGAUGCUGCUUCCGCCCCGUUAAACAGUUCCAGAGGCCUCGAGUUUGUGGUAGCGCUCCUGCAAAGCUACCCCGAUUUGGCCAAGGAAGCCUUUUCGUUUGGUUGUUCCAAGAUGCAGCGAAGCCUUUGGGUCCGACGCGUCAAGAGAGAACCUCGUCUUCGACAGAGUCUCUCUCCCAACAGCAUUCUGAUCCAGCUACCUCCUCUCUGCCAUGUCUUGCGCUUGGAAGCAAUCACUCUUAGUGUAGUCCAAACAAUUCACCAAUUGGCUCCGGAUGUCAUCAAGACUUGGGAUUCCACAGAUCACGGAUUACUACCUCUUCAUGUCGCCUGCUUUUAUCAAAACGUGGCGACCGACCUGGAGAUUGUUCACUAUCUCACCACGCAAUAUCCCAACGCCAUUACGCGGGCGGGAAAAAACGUCAAUGUCCCCUUUGUCGUCUACAUGGAACAGUGCAUUUUGAAAAAUAAUAACAUUGAAACCAACACCCUGAGACGAACGUCGGUCGAUUCCACGUUAGAGGACAGCAGUCGAGACAAUAUCAAUCUCAUGGAUCCAGCCGUCUUUGACGCACACCACAAGGCACUCUGCGAUUUGCUACUCACGGGGGAUUAUUUUACUCAACAAACUGGAAUUGUCAAUAUCCUGCUGCGGGCCAUUCAAGCCAAUUGUCCUCCGUUGAUAGUCUACUUGAUGGCCAAGGCACCACCCAAGCUAUGGGCCGAAGAAUUUAUUGUCACGGCCCGCAAUUUUGACUUGUGCGUCGCCAAGGGAUUGGAGGUCAUGGUGAUGGCGGGCGGAUCAUCUACUUCUACGAUGAUUGGUCCAUCCGAUAUCAAAAUAUCCUUUGACAAAAACAUGACGUACAAAGCCUUUCAACACAUUAUGCAGAUUGUGGCCGCCACGUCCCGUCUUGAAACACUCACCGUCAUGCUACCCAACAACAACAAUACCGCAGCAAGUGAUGAUCGAAUGGAACAAUUGCAAAUUUGGCAUGCUCUCACGGAUGGACUGCGUCAGAAUCAAUCCUUGAAACACAUUCGAAUCAAAGGCAACCACUUUGAAGCGGCGGCCGAUCUCGUUUCCUACAUGACUCUCCUCCAACACGCACCCAAAAGUCUCGACUUGGAUGCCUGUCACAUUCAACGAUCACUUCCUCUCUCGGCACCACUCGACGAAUCAUUAUGGAAAUCGUGUCGAUUGGCGCGAUUGGAAUUGAGUUCGUGUCAAUUCGAACUCGAAUCGACAUUUACGGCGUUUUUGCGAAAGCUGCCUCUGCUGCCAGCACUCAAGGAAUUGUCCAUUUACUAUACAGGAGAAUCCUUGUCGGUAGAGGCAUCCAAGCAAGUCACAGAAGCGAUUGAGAAGAUUUUGUUGAAACAACAACAACAAACUCUGCAAGAUCUUUCCAUUCAGGAAUUGCAGCUCUCCAACAUUCCACUCUUUAGCAAGGCAUUAGAGAGCAAUACGAGUUUGAAAAGCUUGCAGUUGACAUUUGAUCAUUGGCUGGAUGUGGAAGUCAUUGCGAGGGCGUUGAAACGGGACAACACGACGCUGCAGUCGUUUCGGUAUAAUAUUGAAGGAUCCGACGAGGAUGGGGAACCACGGUGGGGUUACGGGAAUAUACAAUACUACCUGUUGUUAAACGAGUACGGGAGGGAUCUUCUCGGGCGUUACAACGAGGAGGAUGAAAUGUCGGCAGGUUCUUUGCUCUUGGGUCUCGUCUCGAAAGUCUUGAAAGACGAUGAGAAACUGGAAGAAUAUCCAGAGGGGUUGACGAAUAUACUCUAUGGCUUGUUGAGUCAUCGGCCUUGUGUUUUGGCAACGGCGCUGCUUCCUACGUCCCAAGAAAAGACACAUCAAAAUGGAAAACGAAAAGCAGAGACCGGUCUUGAUGGCGGAUCCGCAAAGAUACCAAGAGCGAAAUAAGGCAGCGCGAUACAUCAGAAUAAAAGACGAGUGUUGGGGGACGGUUGGAUCCUUCCAUCAGAUUUUCUUCCGUGCAAUGGGUGCGAGUCGAGUCAGAGUCCGCAGCCCGUCAUUGAGGAAUGGGAGAGGAGCCGAGAGCUGAAAGGGUCCAAGUGACAACUUGGGAUGCAAGGAUCCAGGCUUGCCACGGAUGUAGACUACUUUGAUUUCGAACUAGUUGGUGUAAAAUUUACUUUAAAAUCCCGUCACUCUUUGCU